AAGCACGCGUUUGGAUUUCUCUCUCUCUCUCUCUCUCUCUCUCUCUAAAAGCCCUAAAUUUCAUCGUCAAUUAUACGAUUCCCCUGUGUGUUUUUUUUUUUUUUUCCCCUGUUCUUCGUUUUUGCAUUUCUUAAGGUUUGUCAGAAACCGCUUUCUUCAGGAACUGUCUGUGGCUGGGUUGGUUGGGUUGCUGCUGGGCUUUUGAUCUGGAGGUAUCAAUAUUUUGAAUUCUCCGCUGGCGUUUAAUUCAUCGAGACGAGCAUGGACUCGGAAGCUCACAGCGCAUUGGUUGACAAGGUCAAUGUGGUGGUGGAGGAUUCUAUGAAUAGGACUUGUCCUGGCAAAAAGAAUAAGGGGAAAGUUCCUAAAAGAAUACAGAAGGCUGAGAGGGAAAGAUUGAAGCGUGAGCAUUUGAACGAGCUUUUUCUAGACCUGGCCAGUGCACUCGAACUGACCCAGCAGAACACUGGAAAGGCCUCUACAUUGUGUGAAGCUACUCGACUAUUGAAAGACUUGAUAGGCCAGAUUGAGUGUCUCAAAAAGGAGAACGAAUCUCUCUUGUCUGAAUCUAACUACGUGAGCAUCGAGAAGAAUGAGCUAAGGGAGGAGAAUUCUGCCCUAGAAAAUCAGAUUGAGAAACUGCAGAGUGAGCUAAAAGCGAGGGUGGCCCAGUCUAAACCUGACCUAAAUGUAUCACCUCCUGAAUUUCAGCAACCAGAAUUGACAUCACAUUUUCCGGGAGACUGUCUGAGAUUGCCUGCUGUAGAACCCUCAUUGCAGCAAGCAUCCGCCGUCUUUGUCCUCCCCAUUGGUCCAGAUCCCCAAGCUUAUCCGUUGCCUGAUGUUUCCCAGCUGACAUCUAAGCCCAACUCAAAUGUGAGCAAACCACAUGCUAGGUACCCAACUCCGGCGGAUUCUUGGCCGUCGGAACUUCUCAGGCAGCAGGCAACAGCAACGAAGGAAUUUCAACUUAGUGGUAGCAAUUGUACUGGGGAAGAUGGCACUCGAAACAUUUGACUUUUGUCCUCCUCGCUAAUCUGUAGCUGUGCAUUUCCUCUCCGUGUUUUUGAUUAAUUGGUUAUGCCCAUUUGGAGGGUUGUGUAUCAAUAUGGAUAAGUAGUGAUUAGUAUACCGUUCUGAGGUGAACUGGGUCAACU